ACUGCUUCCUUUCGCGCCGGGUAACCGGAGAGCCGUGCGUCCAUGUGCGCAGUGACUGGGAAUUGAAAGACCACUGAAAUAUUAAGAUCCCAGCCGUAAACAGUUUUCCUCAUGGAUCCCGAUUCUUUGGUCGAGGCCCUUCGGGGGACCAUGGACCCCAAUCUGCGGGAGGCCGCGGAGCGACAGCUGCACGAGGCUCACUCCCAUGUAAACUUCAUGUCCACUCUGCUGCGUAUCACCAUGUCUGAUCAGCUGGAUUUACCUGUCAGACAAGCAGGAGUGAUUUACCUUAAGAACAAGAUAGUUCAGCACUGGAGUGAUGGAGACUCUUCAGGCACAGAGCCGCCCGUUAAUAACAUCCCAGAGGAAGACAGGCAGUUCAUUCGAGACAACAUAGUGGAGGCCAUCAUCCAGUCCCCUGAGCGCAUCAGGGUCCAGUUGACGACGUGUAUCCACCACAUGAUCAAGCACGACUACCCCGGCAAGUGGACGAGCAUCGUGGACAAGAUCGCCUUCUAUCUGCAGUCAGACAACAGUUUAGGAUGGCUGGGCAUCCUGCUCUGCCUUUACCAGCUCGUCAAAAACUACGAAUACAAGAAACCAGAGGAGCGUCAGCCUCUCGUGGCGGCCAUGCACAUCUUCAUGCCCAUGCUGAAAGAUCGCUGCAUCCAGCUGCUGCCAGACCACUCCAGUGAUUCUGUCCUCAUACAGAAACAGAUCUUCAAAAUCCUCUACGCCCUCUUCCAGUAUAACCUCCCGUUGGAGCUCAUCAACAGACAAAAUCUUACAGAAUGGAUGGAGAUCCUGAAGACAGUAGUGGACAGAGAUGUGCCCCCAGAGACGAUGCAGAURGAUGAAGAUGAGCGACCCGAGCUGCCGUGGUGGAAAUGUAAGAAAUGGGCUCUACACAUUUUGGCUCGGCUGUUCGAGAGGUAUGGAAGUCCAGGCAACACAACCAAAGAGUACACAGAGUUUGCUGACCUUUUCCUAAAGGAGUACGCAGUCCCUGCCCAGCAGGUGUUGCUGAAAGUGUUAUACCAGUACAAGGAGAAGCAGUACGUGGCUCCAAGAGUGCUCCAGCAGACACUCAACUACAUCAACCAGGGAAUAGCACAUGCUCUGACAUGGAAAAGCCUCAAACCACACAUGCAGGGCAUCAUUCAGGAUGUGGUUUUCCCCCUCAUGUGUUACACAGAUUCAGACGAGGAGCUUUGGCAGGAAGAUCCUUAUGAAUACAUCCGUAUGAAGUUUGAUGUGUUUGAGGACUUCAUCUCCCCAACAACAGCUGCCCAGACGCUUCUUUUCACCGUCUGCAACAAGAGGAAAGAAGUGCUGCAAAAGACAAUGGGCUUCUGUUAUCAGAUUCUCACGGAUCUCGCUUCAGACCCCAGGAAAAAAGACGGUGCCCUACAUAUGAUCGGCUCUUUAGCUGAAAUCCUACUGAAGAAAAAGAUUUACAAAGACCAGAUGGAGUUCAUGCUGCAGAAUCAUGUCUUCCCCUUGUUCCGCAGUGAACUGGGCUACAUGAGGGCCAGAGCUUGCUGGGUGUUGCAUUACUUCUGCGAGGUGAAGUUCAAAAGCGAUCAGAACUUGCAGAACGCUCUGGCGCUGACCCGGAARUGCCUGAUCAACGACAACGAGAUGCCCGUGAAGGUGGAGGCCGCCAUCGCCCUGCAGGUCCUCAUCAGCAACCAGGAGAAAGCCAAAGAGUACAUCGCUCCCUACAUCCGGCCGGUGAUGCACGCGCUGCUGAACAUCGUCAGGGAGACGGAAAACGACGACCUCACUAAUGUCAUUCAGAAGAUGAUCUGCGAGUACAGCGAGGAGGUCACGCCCAUCGCAGUGGAGAUGACGCAGCAUCUGGCGAUGACGUUCAACCAGGUGAUUCAGACGGGGCCUGACGAGGAGGGGGGCGACGACAAGGCUGUGACUGCCAUGAGCAUCCUCAACACCAUCGACACAUUGCUAAGUGUGGUGGAGGACCACAAAGAGAUCACUCAGCAGCUGGAGGGCAUCUGUCUGCAGGUGAUUGGCACAGUUCUGCAGCAACAUGUCUUGGAAUUUUAUGAGGAGAUCCUGUCCUUGGCUCAUAGCCUGACCUGCCAGCAGGUGUCACCACAAAUGUGGCAGCUUCUUCCACUUGUGUAUGAAGUCUUCCAGCAAGAUGGGUUUGAUUACUUCACAGAUAUGAUGCCUCUCCURCACAACUAUGUCACAGUUGAUACAGACACCCUCCUGUCUGACACUAAAUACCUGGAGAUUAUCUACAGCAUGUGCAAAAAGAUCCUGACAGGUGAUCCAGGUGAAGACCCUGAGUGCCAUGCAGCCAAGAUGUUGGAGGUGAUCAUUCUACAGUGCAAAGGUCGCGGCAUUGAUCAGGUCGUGCCCUUGUUCGUGGGCACUGCGUUGGAGCGUUUGACGCGGGAGGUAAAGACCAGCGAGCUGAGGACCAUGUGCCUGCAGGUGGCCAUAGCUGCACUUUAUUACAGCCCCCCUCUGCUCCUCAACACCCUGGAGAAUCUUCGCUUCCCCAACCACACGGAGCCCAUCACCAACCACUUCAUAACCCAGUGGCUUAAAGACGUGGACUGCUUCCUCGGCCUUCACGACAGGAAGAUGUGCAUUCUGGGACUCUGUGCCCUCAUGGACCUGGAUCACAGGCCUCAGGCUAUCAACCAGGUGGGCAGCCAGCUUCUCCCAGCAGCCAUUCUCCUGUUCAGCGGUCUCAAGAGGGCGUACGUCUGUCGAGCAGAGCAUGAGAACGAUGACGAUGACGACGAGGAAGAUGGGGAGGAGGAMGAUGAUAACACUGAGCUGGGUAGUGAUGAGGAUGACAUCGACGAAGAGGGUCAGGAGUACCUGGAGAUGCUUGCGAAGCAGGCGGGAGAAGACGGCGACGACGACGACUGGGAGGAUGACGAUGCUGAGGAGACGGCACUGGAAGGCUACACUACAACCGUAGACGAUGAAGAUAAUUUAGUGGACGAGUAUCAGAUCUUUAAAGCCAUACUACAGAAUGUUCAGACCCGUGAUCCGGCGUGGUACCAGGCCUUAACGCAAGGCCUCGACGAGGAGCAGCGUAAACAGCUUCUGGACAUCGGCACACUCGCAGACCAGAGGCGAGCGGCACACGAAUCCAAGAUGAUCGAGAAGCACGGCGGGUACAAGUUUGCGACGCCGGUGGUGCCAUCCACCUUCAACUUUGGCGGCACCGCUCCGGGAAUGAAUUGAGUCAUCUGUUAUACUUUUUUUUUUAAUUACUCUGUGACUGAUUGUAGUGAAGUGAAAAAAACAAAACAAAAAAGCUUGUGUUGUUCCCUAAAGUAGUGGUUCCAGAACUGGUUCUUCUGAGUCAUUCUUCAAUCUGUCAAAUGGGAAAAAGCACCAGAAGAUGUGGGGGGGGGAAGCAACCAAAACGCAACCGAUGGCUCAGGAAAACAAAAACAACCAAGGACUUGAGCACGAUGCAAGAGAAGAAGUCCUGAACAAUGCUGUUGUCUGGAGCCCUGCAUGUGUGUGUGGGGGGGUGGGGGGUGGGGGAUCCCUCAACGGCAACUAUUUCGUCUUUUUCUUCCCAGUCAAACAAAAGGAGUUGUGACAAAUGAUAAUGGGACUAAAUAUUUCAUUGUCACUGAUGUGGCCAAUUGGCCGUAAUAAGAUUAAACCUCUGGUAGUGGUGAAAUCUGCGUUACUUUCUGCAUAAAUAAACACUCAUGUUUAUGUACAUACAAGCCAAGGUUAUGAUUUUUUUCAAGUAGCCUUGAAAAAAACAACCAGGGGCUUUUAUAAGGUAUCAACAGCUGUAUUCAUAUGUAGCAUAUUGGAUAAUUCAUAGAACUAUGUGAUGCCUGAUCUCUGUAAAUUAAUGACUAGCACUUUCAUAUUGUUCAGGUCUUCUAGCCUUCUGUAUCAGACUGCAAUUUUUUUAAAAUUGAAGACUAUUUAAAAAAAAAGAAGUGGCGGGUUGGGAAAAUACAGCUGUAACUUUGUUUGCUUUGCAAUCGUACCAGCUGGUCCUCGUUCAUCUGGUUGAGAGUGGAUCAACUGUGAUUUGGGAAAACAAGGAUUUCAGGAGAAGUGGAAGCUUUUGGUAUUCGAUAUGACUACAGGACGAGUGUUUGCAAGCGCCGGAUGUCUAAACGGAUACAUCGUCGAAGCAUGUACAAUUCAACCUAUCGUGAAGGUCUCAAGCUUUUGGUUGGUGUAUGGAUGAACCAUCUAUAUAUACAGCAUAUUAAAAAAACAACAUAAAAAAAGCUUAAGGGA